AUGGAGACUUUGAAGGCGGUGUUCUUUGGACCUGAUCCUCAGGUUCAGAUGAGAAAAUGUAACGCUCUCAUCCGACAGAAUACAAGACAACUGGAUCGCGACCUCGCUCAGCUCAAAACGCUAGAUAACAAGACCCGACAACACAUCCUUAAUGCAUCCCGGCGAGCCGAUCGAAACCCCUCACAGGCCAAACAGGCAGCAAGUGAGGCUAAGACCUUCGCGAGAGAGCUGGUGCGAAUUCGACGACAAACUUCUCGGCUAAGUACGAGCCGGGCUCAACUUCAGAGUGUCGGUCUACAAGUCAACGAAGCCUUCUCCGUCCGGAAGAUCCAGGGCAGUCUUAAAAAGUCUACUGUGAUCAUGAAAGAUGUGAACACCCUGGUCCGGAUGCCGGAGCUGACAUCCACCAUGCAUCAGCUCUCAACGGAAUUGGUUAAGGCUGGUAUUAUCGAGGAGAUGGUGGAUGACGCCAUCCCAGACAAUACGUUACUGGAGGAUGAAGAAUUGGAGGCCGACGAGGAGGUAGACAAAAUACUGCAGGAGAUCCUACAGGGCAAGUUGUCACAAGCUCCUGCCAAGCCUGUUGCCCAGCCUGUGGAUGAGACUCCUGUUGCCGCCAACGAGGCCGAGGACGAAUUCGAGGACCAGGAGGCAACUCUGGAGCAAAUGCGCGGUCGACUCGAGGCCCUCAAGAGCUGA